AUGGUGUCUUUUGCUGAGGAUCUAAAAGGGCUGAGUGACUCGAAGGAAGUGGGUCGGAGGAGUCCUUUAUUACGCCUAGUACCAUUUCUCGACGGAGAAGGGUUGAUUCGUCUCACUGGGAGGCUGCAUAAAUCCGCCGUGAACGAGGACUUCAAGCAUCCAGUGGUGCUCCCAGCGAGUUCAAGGUUUAUGGAGCUAAUGCUGUUUCAGGUUCAUCAGGAUAUCUUUCAUGGCGGGGUCCAGCUUAUGCAAGCUACUCUGUGGAGGAAGUACUGGAUCAUCGGAGGCAGGAGGCCGGUGAAGGGUUUCAUUUUACGAUGUGUGACUUGUGCUAGGUUUCGUGGAGCUGUGGCUAAGCAGCUGAUGGGACAGUUGCCGCUGAGAAGGAUCACUCCAGCUAGAUCUUUUCUCCACUGUGGUGUUGAUUCUGCAGGGCCUGUGACGUUGCUGACCUGGAGAGGUCAUGGAGCAAAGACCUACAAAGGAUUUAUGGUGGUGUUCGUCUGUUUUACCACUUCUGCAGUACAUCUGGAGCUGGCUACAGAAUACAGCACUGAGGGCUUCCGGGCGUGCUACAAGAGGUUCACGGCCAGGCGUGGAAACUGGAGACGAUCACCGGUGACCAAGGGACGAACCUGGUGGGAGCUGAUAGAGAGCUCAGGGAUCUUUUCAGCGACACUCGUAAGGAGGGUCAGAGCAUCGCUCAGUGUAGCGAAGGAUGGGACCAAUUGGAUCUUCAAUCCACCUGGUGCUCCUUACCAUGGUGGUAAGUGGGAGGCGGCUGUAAAGUCAGCCAAGUUUCAUCUGAAGCGCGUCAUCGGGGAGGCUAAGCUGACCUACGAGAAGUUUACGACGCUGCUGACGCAGAUUGAGGUUAUAUUGAAUUCUCGGCCGCUGUGGGGGCUGCCUGAUGAGCCUGAUGAGUUCGCAGUGUUGACUCCUGGUCAUUUUAUUAUUGGGUCUGCUAUCUCUAUUAUGCCGGAGCCUUCUUUGGCUCAUUUAUCGAUGGCGAAGCUUUCGAGAUAUCAACUGGUUCGACGAAUGGUGGAGAAAUUCUGGGAACAGUGA